AAUGUGUGUUGCGAACUUGAGAUAUUUGAAUUUAAGUUGCUAGAUAUAAUCUCCUUGGAGAAUGUAGAACAUAAUCUCAAAUGAUUUGUAGUGGUUACUAAAAAUAGUUGUCUCAAGUUACUUAGCAAGUAGAAUGGAACAGGACUUAAAAUCUGCUAGCUGUAACAAUGUCAUCCUCGCAUCUACCUGCAACCACAGAUUCACUAGCUCAGGCUUCUGAGGCUAAUACCCCAUCUGAGGCUAUCUCCAUUCUCUACCGCAUCCUUGAGAACCCUUCAUCAUCUUCCGAGGCUCUAAGGAUCAAAGAGCAGGCAAUCUUCAAUCUCUGUGACCUCCUAAGUCGAGAGAAUAGGGCUGAGGAUCUCAAAAACCUUCUCAUCCAGUUGCGUCCCUUCUUCUCUUUAAUACCCAAGGCAAAAACAGCCAAAAUUGUUAAUAAAGGAAUCAUUGAUGCAGUGGCAAAAAUACCGGGCACAUCUGACCUUCAGAUUACACUUUGCAAAGAGAUAGUGCAGUGGACCCAUUCGGAGAAACGAACUUUCCUUCGUCAGAAAAUUGAGGCGAAACUUGCUGCUCUUCUGAUGGAAAACAAGGAGUAUUCUGAAGCAUUGACACUCCUUUCAGGACUGAUCAAGGAGGUGAGAAGACUGGAUGACAAGCUGCUUCUUAUGGAGAUUGACUUGCUGGAGAGCAAGCUCCAUUUUUCUUUGAGGAAUCUUCCCAAGGCCAAGGUUGCACUUACAGCUGCUCGAACUGCAGCCAGUGCUAUUUAUGUCCCUCCAGAUCAGCAAAGUGAAAUUGAUUUGCAGAGUGGAAUACUUCAUGCAGAAGAAAAAGAUUAUAAAACUGCUUACAGCUAUUUCUAUGAGGCGUUUGAGGGAUUUAAUGCCCUUGCUCGCGAUCCCAAGGACACUUCAUCAAAAAAAGAUCCCAAUGCCAAGGCCAAAUACAGCCUUAAGUAUAUGUUGCUAUGCAAAAUCAUGGUCAGCCAGGCUGAUGAUGUUGCAGGAAUAAUAUCUUCGCGUGGAUUGGAAUAUCUGGGGCCGGAACUUGAUGCUAUGAAAGCUGUUGCUGAUGCUCACUCUAAGCGAUCUUUGAUGCUCUUUGAGAUUGCUCUUCGCAACUUUAAGGCUCAGCUUGAUGAAGAUCCUAUCGUCCAUAGGCACCUGUCUUCGCUCUAUGACACCUUAAUGGAGCAGAAUCUUUGCAGGUUGAUCGAGCCUUUCUCAAGGGUCGAGAUUGCAAAUAUUGCUAAGUUGAUUGAGUUGCCUGCUGACCAUGUUGAGAAGAAGUUAUCUCAAAUGAUAUUAGAUCAGAAGUUCGCUGGGACGCUGGACCAGGGUGCCGGAUGCCUUGUAAUUUUUGAAGACCCUAAGCAAGACGCGAUUUACCCGGCUACACUGGAAACCAUUUCAAAUAUGGGGAAGGUUGUUGACAGUCUGUUUACAAGAUCUUCAAAGAUAAUGGCUUGAGUUUUAGACCUUCAUCUAAGACUUGUAUUUCUUGAAGGCAGUAUCUGUUUUAAGCUUCAGCUCCUUCUCUAAUGUUUUGUGCUUAGGGCAUUUUUAAUUUUGAUUACUUAGAGGUACGAUUAAACAUCUAUAUUUCUUAGUUUUCUUUAUGUUCAAAUAUAAAUACCCCUCAAAAGGUUUCACGUAA